UUGUGGACAUAUUUAAGGCAUUUGGAAAGGCGCGAAAAAUAGCAUAAGCAAAUAAAAUCAUCUAAUGAUUUUGCUAACACCCUAAAUCUGGAACUGACUUUGCCACUGGAGGGCAACGGAUUUAAACGUUCCGCUGUUCUCGUUGCUGUGGAAACAAAACAAGCAAAGAAAGUUUGUCAGUUUCUUUCGUGAGGAGACAGAAGUUUGCCAGACGUAAAACAGAAAGGAUGAGCUUGAAUUUGGAUGAUUACUUUCGGACUGUUUACGAAGAGCGAGUCUCAAAUGAAGCAGUGCACGAAAAAGAUUUAACAACAGAGGCCUCACGCCUUCUGGUGAAGCGCCAGGAGGUCAAACGCGUGGACAGAGAACUGAAAACACAGAAGGAGGAUGUUGACAAAAAACGGGAGGGAUUCAGACAGAGAAAGGAAAACAUGAUGAAAGAGGAGAAAAAAAUGAAAGAAUUUGUAAUGAAUUACAACGCAUUUGUAAAGGAAAAUGAUGCCAAACGGACGCAUGCCCUAAAGAGAGCGGAGGCAGAGAGAGCUCAAAUUAAGCUGAAAGAACAUAAACUCGAGAAACUACAGAUCAAACUUGAUGCCUUGCUGGCACAAAAAGCCCUACUUGAGUCUCGUGUCAAUAAAGCCAGUAUCUACAAGCACUUCCUGGAUAGUGCUGUUAAGAUGUCUAGAAAGUUUGAGAACAUUGGUCAACUCAUAGCCCGCUGUCAAACAGUACAGUCCCUCCAUGAGCACCUAAUGGAAAAACAUACUGCAACUGAGAAAGAAAGAAAACAGAUCGGGCUAGAACUGAGACAGUACAAAAAUGAACAUAGCUUUGUUCUCCUGGACUACAGCAACAAACUGUCUCAGCAACAGACACAACUGGAUAACAUACGCGCACAGGCAUAUAAAUGGGAAGCAGUGUUGAAGCACAUCCAGGCCAAUGCAACAAAAGAGACACUUCUAUGGGGCCAGAUUAAAGUCACAAUCCUUAACCUUUAUUACAUGAUUAGCAAAGUUCCUGUGGAUGUUGAGGACACUCUGUUUCAGUUGGAAAAGAUUCAAAACUUUCUUCAGGUUCAUUCACGUAGAAAGACAAUAUCAGAGAUCAUUCUACCCCACAUUCAGAAACCACAAGAUAGAUCAAAAGUCUGAGGAUGUAUACGCACAAAACACUGCCAGAUGGCCUAUGCAUCUUCACCAGCAUUGUAGUAUUGUGCACUUUAUUGUUUAUCAUUCGAUUGAAAGAAAAUAAUAAAUAAACAAUUAUAAAUGAA